AUGGUGUACAUUCGACAGGACAAGCUGCCCAAGCUCAAAGAGUACAAGUACUCUGGUGUGGAUCACAGUCUUCUCUCGCAAUAUGUGCUGAAGCCCUUCUACACCCAUGUCGUCAUCAAAUGUUUUCCCAUGUGGAUGGCGCCGAAUCUUAUCACGUUGACUGGAUUCAGCUUCGUUGUUAUCAACUUCCUUACUAUGCUAUGGUAUACACCGACGCUUGAUCAAGACUGUCCACCAUGGGUGUACCUCAGCUGGGCUAUUGGCCUUUUCCUGUAUCAGACAUUUGAUGCUGUCGAUGGAAGCCAAGCCCGCAGAACUCGCCAGAGUGGUCCCCUUGGUGAAUUGUUUGAUCAUGGAGUUGAUGCGAUAAACACGACAUUGGAGGUGCUGCUAUUCUCUGCAGUCAUGAAUCUCGGCCAAGGAUGGAAGACAGUCCUUACACUUUUUGCCUCAUCAUUGACAUUCUAUGUCCAGACUUGGGACGAAUACCACACGCAUACAUUGACGCUUGGUAUUAUUUCAGGGCCAGUCGAAGGUAUUGUCAUACUGUGCAUUGUGUACGCCUUGACAGCCUUUCUUGGCGGUGGUAGCUUCUGGCAACGCCCCAUGCUUUCGACUUUGGGCAUCAAACAAUUCGACUUUAUCCCGGAUGUACUGUACAAUAUGGCAUGGAAUGAAUGGUACAUGGUUCAAGGAGGGUUUGUGCUGGUUUUCAACACCGUUCUAAGGCAAGUCGCCUUGAACGUCAUGAAAGCGCGCCGCGCACGUGGUCAAAAGACACGCGUUGCACUACUUGGACUACUUACAUUUGCGGGCGCCUGGGUCCUGAUCCCUGCCUACUUGUACCUUCAACCCGUCAUUCUGCACCACCAUCUGGUACCAUUCGUUUUCUACGCUGGUCUGAUCAACGCCUACUCGGUUGGAAGAAUGAUCAUCUCCCAUCUCACAAAGUCACGUUUCCCAAGGGGCAACGUACUCAUCUACCCUCUAAUCUUCGGAGUCAUUGACUCUCUUGGACCCUGGCUGCAAGAAAACUUUGGUGUGGGCUGGCCGAGCGCUUUGGGUAACGACGUUUAUCAAGUAGCAUUCGUCUUCAUGUGUCUGGGACUCUCUAUCGGAGUGCAUGGAAGCUUCAUUGUGGACGUCAUCUGGACUAUAUGUGAUUAUCUCGACAUCUGGUGUCUUACUAUCAAGUACCCAUAUCAGCCAGUGGCUGAGAAUGAAGAAAGGAAGAGUCAGUGA